AUGGCAAGACCUGCCGUUUUUCUCCUUCUGUUUGCUCUCGUUUGCUUUGUUCCUCUCUGCCUCUUCAUCCCAAGCUUUGUAUGGAAACUUUACCCAGAUUUUUAUGAUAAUUCAUGCCCCAAAGCCCAGGAGAUCGUCAGGUCUGUUGUGGCUAAAGCCGUUGCAAGAGAAACCCGCAUGGCCGUUUCCUUGAUGAGGCUCCAUUUCCUCGACUGUUUCGUUCAGGGCUGUGAUGGCUCGGUCUUGCUGGACAGCAGCGGGGAUAUCGUGAGCGAAAAGAACUCGAACUAUAACAGAAGAUCGGCUCGUGGGUUCGAAGUCAUCGAUGAGAUCAAGUCGGCACUGGAGAAGGAAUGCCCUUCCACUGUCUCUUGUGCCGACGCGUUGGCCCUAGCCGCAAGAGACUCUUCUGUUCUUGUAAGUACCUCUUUCUUUUUUUUGACCGGUGGACCAAGCUGGGAGGUCCCCUUAGGCAGAAGGGACUCGAGAGGAGCAAGCUUGAGAUCCUCUAACGACAACAUUCCUGCCCCAAACAACACUUUCCAGACCAUUCUCUCUGCGUUUAACAUCCACAGCCUCGAUCUCACCGACCUCGUCGCUCUCUCUGGGAGUCACACCAUCGGUUUCUCUAGGUGCACAAGCUUCAGACAGCGACUGUUCAACCAAUCCGGCAUUAAUGGACAGGCGAGCGAGACGCUGAACUCGUCGUACGCGGCCUGGCUGCGUCCACGGUGCCCAACAAGAUCAGGCGGAGACCAGAACCUGUUCGCCUUGGACUUCAUGUCUGCCUCGAAAUUUGACAACAGCUACUUCAAGAACUUGAUUAAGAACAAGGGUCUGUUGAAUUCCGACCAAGUUCUCUUCUCCAGCAACCGGCAAGCUAGAGACCUUGUGGAGAAGUACGCCGAGGAUCAAGACGAGUUCUUCGAGCAGUUCGCUAAAUCGAUGAUCAAGAUGGGUAACAUCUCUCCAUUGACGGGUUUCAGUGGUGAAGUCAGGAAGAACUGCCGUGAUAUCAACUAUUGAAUUCGCAACUUGGCAUCAGUUUAUGCGUGAA